GGUCCUUCAGUAUCCAAUGAGCUGAGAUCAGGGGGAGGGUCCGCGCGCUGCCCAGACAGACAGAAAGAGACUUCAACAAACUCUCCUCCAAACACGAUCCUUCUGGAUACAAAGAUGCCAUGUUUCCCGAGUCUGCUGUGGAAUUGCGCGUGAAUGAGUCUGGAUUUGUGUCCUUGUGGAGUUAUGGACUCGUGAAGACGAGCAGUGGAUCUGACAUGAGGAAUAUCUCGCGCAUCUGAUGGAAGGAAAGAAGGAAGUUCCUCAUGAAGAGAUUGUGGGCCCGAGUGGAUUUGAUGUGUGUGUGAAUUAAGACAAGCUCUCCAUCAUGAAGCUCUGCGUGUAGGACAUCUCAGGACCAUCAGAGAAGCGUCGGGAUCAUGGCAGGAACACUCUCAGGACGGUAGAAGUGUGUGUGAAGAGUGUGUGUGUGAGAGAGAAGCGACCAGCAGAAGGGAGUGAGACAGCUGUCCGGAGCGGAGCAUGAAGGAGAAGUCGAAGAACGCGGCGCGGACGCGUCGGGAGAAGGAGAACAGCGAGUUUUACGAGCUGGCCAAACUGCUGCCUCUGCCCUCCGCCAUCACCUCCCAGCUGGACAAAGCCUCCAUCAUCAGACUGACCACCAGCUACCUGAAGAUGAGGAUCGUCUUCCCUGAAGGUCUUGGGGAAUCGUGGGGCCACGUGAGUCGCGCGAGCUCUCUGGACAAUGUGGGCCGAGAGUUAGGAUCACAUCUGCUGCAGACUUUGGACGGCUUUAUUUUUGUGGUUGCUCCUGAUGGAAAAAUCAUGUACAUUUCAGAGACGGCAUCAGUGCAUUUAGGGUUAUCACAGGUAGAGCUGACGGGGAACAGCAUUUAUGAGUACAUCCACCCCGCUGACCACGACGAGAUGACCGCAGUGCUGACCGCUCACCAGCCGUAUCACUCACACUUCGUCCACGAAUAUGAAAUGGAACGAUCGUUCUUUCUGAGAAUGAAGUGCGUCCUCGCUAAGAGAAACGCAGGCUUGACGUGUGGAGGAUACAAGGUGAUUCACUGCAGCGGCUAUCUGAAGAUCCGUCAGUACAGCCUGGACAUGUCUCCGUUCGACGGCUGCUAUCAGAACGUGGGUCUGGUGGCCGUCGGUCACUCUCUGCCCCCCAGCGCCGUCACCGAGAUCAAGCUCCACAGCAACAUGUUCAUGUUCAGAGCCAGCCUGGACAUGAAGCUCAUCUUCCUGGACUCCAGGGUUGCGGAGCUCACUGGCUACGAGCCGCAAGACUUAAUAGAGAAGACACUUUAUCAUCACGUCCACAGCUGUGACACUUUCCAUCUCCGCUGCGCGCACCACUUGUUGUUGGUAAAAGGACAGGUCACCACAAAGUACUACCGAUUCCUGGCUAAGCAGGGCGGAUGGGUGUGGGUCCAGAGUUACGCCACCAUCGUACACAACAGCAGAUCGUCCAGACCUCACUGCAUCGUCAGCGUCAACUACGUCCUCACGGACACGGAGUACAAAGGACUACAGUUGUCUUUAGACCAGGUGACAUCCACCAAACCCUCGUUCACCUACAACAGCCCCUCCAACCCUGUCAGCGAGAACAGAAGGGUCGGCAAAAGCAGGGUCUCCCGUACCAAGACCAAAACGAGACUCUCUCCCUAUUCACAGUAUCCGGGUUUCCCCACGGAUCGCUCGGAGUCGGAUCAGGAUAGCCCGUGGGGUGGGAGCCCCCUCACUGACUCUGCGUCUCCUCAGCUUCUGGAGCAGUGUGAAGGCGUAGACUCCUCAUGCGUGUACCGACAGUUCUCAGAGCCGCGGCCGCUGUGCUACGGCCUCCCGCUGACCGACGACCACCACACCUCCGGCGACCUCUACGGCCACGCUCACUCCGAGUCCUGCGAGAGAGGACGCUGUAAGGCUGGCCGAUACUUCCUAGGCACCCCUCAGCCCGGGCGAGAGGCAUGGUGGGGUGCGGCCCGCUCCGUCCUCCCGUUACCCAAGUCCUCGUCCGAGAACGGAGACAGUUUUGAUGCUGUGAUGCCCCACAUUGCCUCGAUCCAUAGCCUGCAAGUGAGGGGUCACUGGGACGAGGACAGCAUGGUCAGCUCACCCGACGGCGGCUCAGCGAGCGAUUCAGGCGACCGAUACCGCGCGAGUCCUCAAGAGCCCAGCAAGAUUGAGACGCUGAUUCGAGCCACGCAGCAGAUGAUCAAAGAGGAGGAGAGUCGUCUGCAGCUGCGAAAGGCUCCUACAGAAAUACCUUUGGAGGCUACAAACGGUCUGGCCAAGAGCCACGGGCCUUCGUUUCACAGUGCCGACUUCCCCCAGUCAGGGUUGCAGGGUGUGGUGUGUCGGGGGCCGGCUCAGGUGAUAAGCCCCGCCCCUAGCCCUGUUCCUCUGUCCCGUCUCAGCAGCCCCAUCCCUGACAGACUGGCUAAAAGUAAAGACUUCCUGCAGAACGAGCUGUCCUCCUCCCAGCAGCAGCAGCCGCUGCCCCUGACGGGCACAUGUGCCGUCUCUCCGACGCCCGCUCUGUACCCCUCACACCCCCGCCAGUACCUGGAAAAACACACGGCCUACUCGCUCACCAGCUACGCACUAGAACAUCUGUACGAGGCGGACAGCUUUCGAGGAUACUCCCUGGGUUGCUCAGGUUCCUCCCAUUACGACAUGACCGCUCAUCUACGCAUGCAGGCUGAACAAGCGCCGGGCCAUAAAGGCACCUCCGUCAUCAUCACCAACGGCAGCUGAUGCUUAUCCAAUCACGUGCCGCCACACAGCGCUUCACCCUCUCACGCUCGCUAGCCUUGAAUUUCUUUGAUUUUUUUUGGUAGCACUUUAUUUUACAGUUCUCCUUGUUACACGUUACACGUAGUUACUAUGAUAAUAACUAUAAAUUAUGCAUAAUUACAUGCAGUGUUGGGAAGGUUACUUUGGAAAUGUAACUUGAUUACAAGUUACCCUUUUUAAAAUGUAAUGUAAGCAGUGUAACUAUUUCAGUUACUUUAUUAAAGUAAUGUAACUUUUUGAUUACUUUUCUAAAUUUUUAACAACAGUUAAUGAUUUUCAAACAUUACAGUAGUACUCAACACUUUCAAAAUCCUUCAUCGCUUGAAUUAAGAUUAUAAUCAUUUAAUUUUAAAGCACAACCAUCACAAAAUCAGACUUUAGCACCUGUUUUUUUACUUUGAGAUCAUUCUGAGGUUAAAUACAGGUUUAAAAUCAUAAUAAAUAGUUGAAUAGCUAUGAUACUGUUUUUGAAAACAAAUCUUUGUACAGCUUUGACAGGAAACACUGACGUCUAACAAUGCCUUGGAAAAAACAAUUAAUCUUAAAAAAUAAAGCAUAUGCAUAAACCCCAAUAGGAAACUCCUUAAGCAUUGGUGUGCAAUUUGGGAAAGAAAUCAGUUAAACAAAUUCAUAUUAUUCAACAUAUCCUAGAUUAUAUAUUCAGAAAUAACCCCCUUUGUAAUUGUUUACAUUUUCAUAAGUAAUCGUGAUUUAAUCAUACAUUUGUUCUCAGUAACUGUAAGGGAUUGCAGUUACAUUUAUUUUGUAAUAAAAUUACGUAACUUUGUUAAAUAUAACUGGUUACUCCCCAACACUGGUAACAUGCAACUAACUCUAAACCAAACCCUAACCCUGCAGUAAGUACAUGCAGUUAAUAGUUAUUACUCAGUGCUUACACUGUAACACAGACAGCUUAAAAUAAAAAGUGUAACCUUUUUUUUUUUUUGUUCCUACAAAUCCUACAGAUAUUUUUUCUUAAUUGUUUACUAGUAAAAAAACACAAACAUCCUUAAAACAAACUGCUAAACUUAUGAUAUAGCUUAAGAUAUUAUCGCUUCACUGAGAAAAAUUUAGAAUUAACUGUCAAAUUAAAUGAGGUUUAUGCUCGAGAAGAAAAAAGACAGACUUAAUUAACAGAAUAGGAAAACUGAAAAACAUUCUUAUUAUCUGAUGCAAUUUUGUAUAAGAUAAUAAACGGAUCUUAUUUUAAGGAUGUUUAGAUGCUUUUACUGGAAAACAAGACAAUAAUUCUGAUUAAGAACAUUUAAUCAGUGUAUCAAGGGAUGCGAUCUGUGAUUCGUCUGUUCACAGACUCCAUGAAAGGGUUUGUUUGUCACCUGAUUAUCACACCUUUACCACUAUUAUAAGCUGUAAAUGCGUGAAUGAAUGAGGAUUUCCCAAAUCAUUUCUGGAAGAAUCACAUGACCUUGUAACAGCAGUUUCAAAAAUCGAAACGGGAAAACAGUAUUUAAUUAUUUACGUAAUUUACUGAAUUGUUGGCUCACAGAUUCUUUGUGGUUUAAGCUACAUGUAAAAAUGUUUUGGGAUUGUUUGUUUUUUGUUAUUUCUACAUCCACGGCCUCAAAUCCCAUCCAGGUUUUAGUCAUUUUCCCAGCAGAGCCUCAUUUGUGGCAUUGGAGAAAAUACACUUUAAUAUUACAAGAAGCAUGCUGAUGUACCAGAGAUCAAUAACUAGCUCUAAUGCAAAAUGCAGCAUUAAUUUAUUCUUGUUUCAUAACUGUUUAAGGUUGCUGUAGAAUUGGAUCUUAGCUCAUUUGUGUAACUUUUUUGUAGUUGCAUAUGCUGUCCAUCUGUGUUUGGACCCGAUUCAGUCUUCUAAGUCAGGCUGAAGAUUCAAUUUGAAACUUUUAUUUAUUUUUUUAAACAAAACAAAAAAAAAUUUGGUUGAGCACAUUAUUGUAUGUUAUUGACUUGAACAAAUGGUUUGAAAUGUAUGAACCUUUUUUUUGUCCUUCUGCAAGCCUCUUACAUGUCAGCCUUUAAAAUGAAAACUGAGAUUAUGCAAUUAUGAAACACUUCUGAUUUUAUUCAAACGAAUGGAACAAUAAUAGAAAUAUGAAGUAAACGUCGACUCCGGCGCUGGUCGGAGAUGUGGCGAUGGACUUGCGCUGCCGUUCGGUGUUCUGGAGGAGUCUGAUAUGGACCGUAAAGGAGAGACUCUGGCCUUUACCUCACUCCUUCUUCAUGUAUUUAUAAGAAACUGCCUGUUUUUCUCAGAGUGAGAGAAACUCUGAAAAAAAAAUAUUUAUGAUGUACAUACUCAAAAUGCACCCACCCCUCGCACACCAAAUAAAAUGAUGCAAAAUGG